AUGGGGCGUUGUAAUCACGCUGCUGCAGUAACGCCUUCUUCUUCCACCUCUUCUUCUUCUGCUUCUCCUUCUUCCGCUUCUCUUUUUCCAUAUCAGAACCCAUCUGGAGAACGAGAGGCCUGCAGGUUCCAUCUUCACCUUGUGCGGAUUAAAGUAGAACCCGAGCAAAGCUUCUGGGAGGUAGCUCUUUCCAACUGUUUUAGGUCUGAUUUGGUGGACAUAUAUGCUAAAUGUGGGCGCAUUGACUUGGAUUGGGAUGUUUUUGAGAAUAUGAAGGAGAAGGAAUUUUUAUCUUGGAAUGUAAUGAUGGGAAGACUUGAUAUGUAUGGUAGAGCGAAGGAUGCUAUUGAGCUCUUCUUCAAAAUACAAAGGGAGAGGGUAUUGAGACCAAAUGGGAUUACUCUUGUCUGUGUUUUAAAUGGUUGUGCUCGUGCAAGAUGGGUUGAUAAAGGAAUAGUAGGGCUCUUGGAAGAGGCAUAUGAGCUUAUUGCCUCAAUGUUAAUGAAGCCCAAUGCAGCUAUUUGGGGGACACUUUUGGGUGCUUGCAGGAUACAUAAAAAUGUUGAACUUUGUGAAAGAAUUGGGAAAAUCUUGCUUGAGAUGAACCCUCUAAAUUUGGUGAAAGAAUUGGAGCAUUAUGCAAAGGAUAGGAGAUGGGAGGAUGUCGGAAAGUUGAGAAAAUUGAUGAAGGAAAGGGGUAUCAGAACAACACUAGGAAUUAAUAUGAUUUAUUUAGAUGGAAUCAUUCAUGAAUUCAAAAUGGGUGAUGGAUCGCACCCACAAGUGAAGGAAAUUCACAUGAUGCUGGAGAAAAUCAUUGAGAAGUUACAAAUGGAGGGCUACUCACCCAAUACCUCUCAAGUUUUAUUUGAUGUCAGUGAUGAGGAGAAGGAAACUACAUUCAAGUACCACAGCAAAAAGCUUGCAAUUGCUUUUGGAUUGCUUAACACAAAACUAGGCACUCCAAUUCACAUUAUCAAGAACUUGAGGAUGUGUGAGGACUGUCAUUCUGCCAUCAAGCUUAUUUCAAGAGUUUAUAAGGUUUAA